UAUAGCUGGAAACAAAUCAAUCAUGGAGGAGACAAACAGAGUUUAGAGACAAAGAGAUUGAGGGAGAGCAAAGGAUGGUGUCUUGGGUUCAGACAGUGCUGUUUCUGUCUGUUCUAUUUCCGGUAGUGGUAGAGUGUAAGAUUCGGCAUUAUAAUUUCACUGUGAUCUUAAAAAACAUAACAAGGCUUUGUGCCACCAAGCCUAUUGUGACUGUCAAUGGGCAGCUUCCAGGGCCAACUCUUUACGCAAGAGAGGACGAUAACAUACUCGUAAGGGUCACCAAUCAUGUUCAAUACAAUGUUACAAUCCACUGGCAUGGUGUCAGGCAACUUCGAACUGGUUGGUCUGAUGGACCAGCAUAUAUCACACAGUGCCCAAUUCAGCCUGGUCAGAACUUCCUUUACAACUUCACCCUUACAGGCCAAAGAGGGACACUCCUUUGGCAUGCACAUAUUUCCUGGCUGAGGACAACCAUGUAUGGUGCCAUUGUUAUCUUGCCUAGGAAAGGUGUCCCUUAUCCAUUUCCCAAGCCUGAUAAGGAAAAAAUAAUCAUAUUAGGGGAAUGGUGGAAAGCAGAUACUGAAGCUGUGGUCAACCAGGCAAUGCAAACUGGUUUGCCGCCAAAUAUAUCAGAUGCACACACAAUUAAUGGCCACUCAGGGCCAGUUCCUAACUGUUCUUCUGAAGGCGCUUAUACUUUACAUGUCGAAAAUGGCAAGACCUAUUUGCUACGGGUUAUCAAUGCAGCUGUGAAUGAUGAGCUCUUCUUCAAAAUUGCUGGCCAUAAUCUGACUGUCGUCGAAGUUGAUGCAGCUUACACUAAACCCUUUAAAACUAACGCAUUAUUUCUUGGUCCAGGACAAACCACAACUGCCCUUCUUACAGCAGAUCAGGGCAUUGGCAAGUAUUUAAUAGCCGUAUCUCCAUUCAUGGACACCAUUGUUGCAGUUGACAAGUUGACUGGAAUCGGAUUCUUACGCUACAACCACACCCUUGCGUUUGCUCCAACCACCUUGACGAUCAUUCCUCCUUUAAAUGCGACAUCAGUGACAUCAGUUUUUUCUGAAUCUCUUCGAAGCCUUAAUUCGAAAGAAUAUCCAGCCAAUGUCCCAUUAACCGUUGAUCAUUCACUAGUUUUCACCAUUGGAGUCGGGAUUAACCCUUGUGCUACAUGCUUUAAUGGUUCCCGGGCUGUAGCAGCUAUUAACAAUGUCUCUUUUGACAUGCCAACCACAGCUCUCCUUCAAGCACAUUACUAUGGCAUUAGUGGGAUUUUCACAGAUGAUUUUCCAGCAAAGCCACUAAUACCUUUCAAUUAUACAGGUACUCCACCAUCCAACCUACAAACAAUGAAUGGCACCAGGGUAUACAGACUGGCCUACAAUUCAACAGUUCAACUAGUAAUUCAAGGGAACUCUAUAUUAGCACCAGAGAGCCAUCCAACCCAUCAGCAUGGAUUCAACUUCUUUGCUGUUGGAAGAGGGUUAGGAAAUUUUGAUCCAGGGAAGGACCCACAGAAAUUCAAUCUAGUUGAUCCUGUCGAAAGGAACACAGUAAGUGUACCAACUGCGGGAUGGACUGCAAUCAGAUUCAGAGCAGAUAACCCAGGGGUCUGGUUUUUCCAUUGCCAUUUAGAAGUUCAUACAACAUGGGGACUUAAGAUGGCAUUCCUGGUGGACAAUGGCAAAGACCCGAAUGAGUCAAUUCUACCGCCUCCGAGUGACCUUCCACAAUGCUAGGCAAACUUUCCCGAUAGCUUUGAGAAUCAAAGUUUGAGGGUAGACAGGAGAAUGAGAUCAGAACAAGAGAAAUGUGAAAAAAAUUUGUAAUUGAAAAACAAUGAAAAAAAGAGAUUUGACAAAAUUAAUAAACGGCAAAUGAAAGGGUUGUUGUUUUUCUCCUUUUAAACAUUAAUUUAAGUUGCAGAAUAUAAAUCCAUGUAAUAAUCUCUUUUAUUUUUGGUGGGGUGGAGGGAUCAUAUAUACUUUGAGUGGAUGUAACUGCAAGUACGGAAAGUAUGUAGCUAUCAGAGUUCCGAUCAAAAUUUAUAGUGAAAUUCUAGCUAGGAAA